AUGGCUGCCAUUGACGAUCCGGCAUCUAAUGCAACUACUAAGAUUAAUGGCACUGCCGAUCGUCCCUCGAGGCCCAAGUCUUCCAUCUUCAAGUCUUUCGUUCACAGACGCAACAACUCAGACGGCACUGAGUUGCCUUCGUCUUUCGAGGCCCAACCCACGUCCAGUGCUGCAUACCCACCCCGAACCGAGCAGAACGACGCCGUGUUGAAUCCAUACGCCGUCAGCAGCUCAGCCGACAUGGGGCUGGCUGGCUUCGCUUGGCAAGGCCGGGCUCUCGGGGAGCUUCACUACAACCAGCAAGAGCAGCCUCCGCGAUCACCUCCCAAAAAGACGGAUGCAACGUCGAGGUCACCACAGAAGAACUCGUUUGUCAGCGUCUCCUUCAAGGCGUUGGUUAACAAGGACAGCACUGGUGAUGGUCAAUCUGUGCCGAGUUCGCCAACAAAGCCCAAGAAGACAAAGUCAACAACGAACUUUGCGACUUUGCUUUCCCGACCAAAAUCAUCCAAGAAUCUCAAGGGUACGGCAGAGAGUGGCAAGGACAAGGAAAACAGAACUCCAGAAGGCUCCGCGAGCGGAAGCUUAUUGCCUACUCCCAUAUAUGCCCAAUUUGCUACCACGGGUGCUGAAGACAAGCAGUCCGAUCCAGCUGAAUACUUGAGAGGCAACCCCAGGAGUAACCAGGUGAACUCAUCCGUCACCAACCUGGUUGCAUCAAAGGAGGAAAAAUCCCCUUUGAAGCAGAGGCCAAAAUCAUUUCAACCCUAUUUUCACUCCAAAGUCGACCUCACUAGAACAACUGAUAACGUUGCUGCAACGCUAAAGGAGACCCCUAAUGGCAACAAGUCCUCCACUUGGCACAAGAAAGAAAAAGCCUCGAGGCCAAAGAUCGCGAGUGCUUUCUCCGGGUUUGGAGGAAAAUCGGUGAAAGGCUCGCCCUCACCCACACCUUCAAGCCCAGAACCCGUCAUUGAUCCCAAGGAUAUUGAUACUCACUUGGAAGCCAUGCUGGACCGACGAAACAUACCGGAGAACCAACGGUACAAGAUGCGAAACCUCAGCGACACUAUCAAGAUGGAAUUUAUCCGACAGGACUGGGCUGAAACACAAGCCAAAAGGAAUGCCGAGCAGCAAGCAGCUAGAGAGAACAGUGCUAUCUUGGAUAAUGUCGGCUCCACCAGUUCUGGCAGUGUCGGCUCUAUUGAAAAGGAGACGUUAGCCAAGAGCAAGACUAGCCGAGGCAGGACGUUUACACUUUCGAAGGGUGGUAACAAGCCACCGUCCUCCCCAACCAAGAAGAAGGGAGAUGGAACCCUCGGGAGACAUUUCCGCUCCAAGUCAACUGAGAGCAUUGUCAGUGAUAGGCCAUCCUCGGGUGGCUCCUCCAAUGGAGGAGGCUUCUUCUCCAAAGUAAAGCCCCAGCCGGGCCCUGUCGAUUUCGUUUCGUAUCUUCGCAAAGUUCAGAAGCCAGAACUUGUCGAAGUUGGUAAGCUGCACAAACUGCGGCUGCUGUUGCGCAAUGAAACCGUCGCCUGGAUCGAGGAUUUUGUCCGCCAAGGUGGUAUGAUGGAAGUCGUCGGUCUGCUCAACCGCAUCAUGGCCGUAGAAUGGAGGGAGGAGCACGAAGAUGCACUGCUUCAUGAAGUCUUGCUUUGCCUCAAGGCACUUUCAACAACUGCUUUGGCUAUGCAGUACUUGCACACCAUCCAGGGCACGCUAUUCCCAGCCCUGAUCAACAUGAUUUUCGAUCCCGAGAAGAAGGGACCCAGCGAUUUCACGACCAGGAAUAUCAUCACAUCGGUGCUAUUUACCUACAUUGAAAGUUCAAGCCCGCAGGAGCGUGUCAGGCGUGCAGCCACCGUGCUGUCAUAUCUGCGCGACCCCAAAGGCAAGGAGGAGGAGCGGCCGGUCAGCUUUGUGCUUGAGAUGCGCAAGGAGCGACCUUAUCGUGUCUGGUGCAAAGAAGCCGUCAGUGUCACGAAGGAGGUGUUUUGGAUCUUUUUGCAUACGCUCAAUGUCGUAUCACUGCCAGUGGACAAGUGCACCAAGGGCGGUCAGGCACUGGAGCCUGUUCAGAAAGAAGCAGCCAAAAAUCCCAACGACCCGUCAUCGUAUCUCAUACGGCACUUUCCACAGGAGCGACCGCCUGUGCCUGCGGCACCGUAUGUUGGCGGUGUUGAGUGGGAUGCAACAAACUAUCUUGCAUCACACCUGGAGCUAAUGAAUGCCAUCAUUGCCUGCACGCCAACUGCUGCAGAGCGCAAUGUUCUUCGUGAGGAGUUCCGUGUCUCCGGAUGGGAGCGUUGUAUGGGAGGCUCGUUGCGGCUCUGCAAAGAAAAAUUCUACGGCGCUGUGCAUGAUGGUUUGCGUACCUGGGUUGCUGCGGCGCACGAGGAUGGCUGGGACAUCCGUGACGUCCGAUAUGGCCCGCCAGCUGACGCUCCAAAGAGUCCGCCCAAGAAGCGAGGCGGCGGAUUGACGCCUGCGGCUAAGAAGAAGCUCGACGAGCCUGCACCAAAGCUUCAGCUUGAUCUGGUGGCUUCACCUGCAGCUGAGGCAAGGAUAAACUCUGCUGUCGGAAAACCCCAGGAGUUUUGGCUCUCUUGA